AUGCAAUCAGAGAGAGAGGAGGAUAUGAAUUAGAACAAAAAUAGAUUAAUCUAAAUAGUUGAUUGGAAAGAAGAGAUAAAAAAUAAAUAAGUAAUUUAUAUAGAACCUAAUUAAUUUAAAUAAAAAGGCAGGAAUUUUAAUCAAAGAAAUUAUGGAGUUACAAUAGAUUAUAGAUUUAUAAAUACAAUUUUAGAGAAUGAUUUUUUAGAGAGUCAGCAUUUACAAUUUUAUAUGAAUGUAUUCAAAGAAGUGUAUAAGAAAAAAAUAGCAGCAGCUUUUUGUCAUUUUUUUUCAGAAUUUUAUACAUAAUCAACUGAAUAAAUAUAUUUAAAUUUUAAUAACUUUAAUAAAAAGGAUGAUGAGAAAAUUUAAAAUGAAUAUUAACAUUAAUAAUUAAAAUAAUAAAGUUAAAAACCAAUAUAAUUGGCUCAACCUGAUGAAAUCAAAAAAAAAAUUGAAGACUAACCAGAAAUAAAAAUUGUAUAAAUUAAAGAGGACAAAAAUUAAAUGUAACAAUAAUUAAAAACUGAUUAAAAUGAAGAUCGAUAAUAAAAUGAUAGUGAAAAUAUUGAAGCUGCAAAAGAAAUUGAAAAAACAAAUAUUAUGAAUAAUGAAGACAUAAACUAAAUUUCUCAAUAAUAAAAUAUUGAAUAACAUGAAGUUCAAUAAAAAAAUGAUAGUAAAAUUAUUGAAGCUGAAAAACAAAUUGAAAAAACAAAUACUAUGAAUAAUGAAGACAAAAAUUAAAAUCCAGUUAUUAAUGAAGACACUAACGAGAAGAAACAAUAAUAAAAUACUGAAUAACAUGAAGAUCAAUAAAAAAAUGAUAGUAAAAUUAUUGAAGCUGAAAAACAAAUUGAAAAAACAAAUACUAUAAAUAAUGAAGACAAAAAUUAAAAUCCAGUUAUUAAUGAAGACACUAACGAGAAGAAACAAUAAUAAAAUACUGAAUAACAUGAAGAUCAAUAAAAAAAUGAUAGUAAAAUUAUUGAAGCUGAAAAACAAAUUGAAAAAACAAAUACUAUAAAUAAUGAAGACAAAAAUUAAAAUCCAGUUAUUGAUGAAGACACUAACGAAAAGAAACAAUAAUAAAAUACUGAAUAACAUGAAGAUCAAUAAAAAAAUGAUAGUAAAAUUAUUGAAGCUGAAAAACAAAUUGAAAAAACAAAUACUAUAAAUAAUGAAGACAAAAAUUAAAAUCCAGUUAUUGAUGAAGACACUAACGAAAAGAAACAAUAAUAAAAUACUGAAUAACAUGAAGAUCAAUAAAAAAAUGAUAGUAAAAUUAUUGAAGCUGAAAAACAAAUUGAAAAAACAAAUACUAUAAAUAAUGAAGACAAAAAUUAAAAUCCAGUUAUUGAUGAAGACACUAACGAAAAGAAACAAUAAUAAAAUACUGAAUAACAUGAAGAUCAAUAAAAAAAUGAUAGUAAAAUUAUUGAAGCUGAAAAACAAAUUGAAAAAACAAAUACUAUAAAUAAUGAAGACAAAAAUUAAAAUCCAGUUAUUAAUGAAGACACUAACGAGAAGAAACAAUAAUAAAAUACUGAAUAACAUGAAAAUCAAUAAAAAAAUGAUAGUAAAAUUAUUGAAGCUGAAAAACAAAUUGAAAAAACAAAUACUAUAAAUAAUGAAGACAAAAAUUAAAAUCCAGUUAUUGAUGAAGACACUAACGAAAAGAAACAAUAAUAAAAUACUGAAUAACAUGAAGAUCAAUAAAAAAAUGAUAGUAAAAUUAUUGAAGCUGAAAAACAAAUUGAAAAAACAAAUACUAUGAAUAAUGAAGACUAAAAUUAAAAUCCAGUUAUUAAUGAAGACACUAACGAGAAGAAACAAUAAUAAAAUACUGAAUAACAUGGAGAUUAAAAAAAAGAUGAAUCAAAUAGCCUUGCUAGUACUCAACUCUAACUUUAAUUUGAUUAAAAAAAAUAAAAUACAGAACAUAUAAAUCCUUAACAAAAUUCUUAAAAAUAAACUCAGACUUAACAAAAUCCUUAAUAAGAAACAUAAAUUUAACAAAAUACUUAAUAAAAAAAGUAAUUUACAUUUGUCGUCACAAAUAUGUUUAUUGACAAACCUAAAAAAGAAAAAUUUUAAAUUAAUAAAUUACCUGAUUUAUUAAAAUAAUUUGCUGAAAUGAAUAAUCUCACUUCUAUUUAGGAUUUAAAAACUUAAGAUUUUUUAUAUUUCCCUAUUAAUUUAAGUUAAGCUCAUUGGAUAAGUGCCGUUAUUAAUUUAAUAGAUAAGAAAAUAUAUUAUUUUGACUCAUAUUAUGAAAGUGUUGAUUCUGAUGUAAAAGAAGGCAUAUUUAAAAUACUAGAGAGUUUAGAUUUUGACCGCAAUUCUUUUUAAUUUGAACCAAAAUGGAAUAAAUAAUUAAAUGGGUAAAAUAUAUUUUUAAAUUAGAUAUGAUUGUGGUAUCUUUAUUUUAUUAUCAUUAUUAUUCACUUAUUAAGGAGAUUUAAAGUAUCCAUAUAAUUAGAGUAGAGCGACUUAAUUUAGAUCUAGAAUUUUAUACGAUUUGGCUAUUGUUGGUUCUUAGAUGUAAUUAACAUAAGAAUUAUUUUAAUCAAUAAUAAAAUGA